AUGUCGUUUGCAAACUACGAUAUAGAAGCACAGCAUCCCUUGGGCAAACGAGGGCAGAGGGAAGAAGCAUUAGGCUCAGCCCAGGACCCAGACUCGCAAACAGAAGCUACUAAUGGACUCAAUACUAUAAUCGGAAAAACUUCUGCCCAAUUGCAAGUUUUUGGCUCUUUAAUUUCACAGCUAGAUAUACAAAGAAAACAAGUUGGAACACGUAGAGACUGUCUUCAAUUGCGGGAGAAUAUCGAGGAGCUAACGACUGAUAUUGGUGGAAUGGACAGAUCCAUCCAGCUCCUUAUUCUGAAUAUUCUGCAAUUAAUCAACAAGAAACUGACUGUAAAACCAUCAAAUUUGGAAGAAAAUAGACUGAUGCAAGUGUCAAAUAAGCAGAUGGUGGUAAAAGAGCGAUUGGUUAGCGAAUUUAGCGAAUUACAUCGUCUGUUUCAGCGUUCAAUAAGAUUAUACAACGAGAAGAAAAGGUCUUAUCCUUUAAAGGAUAUUUUGGAUCACCAUAGCAACCAAGCAGCCAACGAAACAACACCGUUGAUAAGUUCAGAAUCAAAUGGAGGUCAAUUGCAAUCGCAGCUUCAAGUACAAGAACAACAACAGGAAGAUACUAUAAACGACACCGAGCUCCAGUACCAUAUCUUGCUUACCGAGGAGAGAAAUCGUGAAAUCAACCAAGUCACGGAAGGAAUCGUGGAAGUAAACGCAAUCUUCAAAGACUUGGGCCAAUUGGUAACCCAGCAGGGAGAACUGUUGGAUACUAUAGAAGAUAAUAUUCUCCAAUUGCAGGGUAACACUCAACAGGCACUGAGAGAGUUGACAAAAGCUAAUGAGUACCAGAAGGCAAAGAGUAAAUGGAGCUGUAUCAUUUUAGUGGCACUCAGUAUAUUUGUGUUAAUCAUAAUAUUGGCAGCAGUUAGUUAG